UAAUAAACAUUGGCAUUGGCAUUGGCCGCAUUGGCACUUGUAGUCAAAACAAAACUAAGAAUGAAAUUAUUGUCCUACCUAUCUGACGUAACUCAUUUCUCGAUAUAAUCCAUUCAAAAUUCUUCAUUCAUGUGAACGGCUAGUGUCUCGAUCGGGUUCAUUUCGUAUCAGUAUGUGUCACGCGCUCAUUGCAAGAUCGAAUUGUGCUCACUGUUAACAUUAUCGGUGAUCAAAUUUAUAUCGGCAAUUCGGUCCAUCUAUUCACAUGCAUAAUUUAAUUCGUUUCGUUUCUUUGCGGCUAAGUCCUCGCUUAAUUAGUCGAGGUCACUUGUCCUCUGCUCAGCAGAAUAAAAAACAUGAUCCGAAGGAUAGACGAAUAUGGAAGCUUCUCUUUGGUCGGUAUCUCUUGCUGACAAACACAAUCAGUUCCGGUUUGCUUAUGAUGCUAGGUGAUAUCGCCGCUCAGGAAAUUGAGCUACGCUGCGACGAUAUUCAGCCAAGAAAAUAUGACUGGCAUCGUAUAGGUUGUAUGACACUGGUAGGGAUUUCUCAGGGUCCCAUGCACCAUUAUCUGUAUCAGUGGAUGGAUCGAAUUCUUCCGAAAAUGGAUAUUCAAACAGUAUUUCUGAAGAUUGGUCUGGAUCAGUUUAUUAUGUCACCGAUUUUUAUUGUUAGUUAUUUGUAUACCGCUGGACUACUGGAAGGAAAUAGCAUACGGAAAUGCACGGACGAGUGUUCUGCAAAGUAUUGGACAAUCUACGCUGCUGACUGGAUAGUGUGGCCACCGAUGCAAUUUAUUAACUUUUUGUGGCUCAACCCAAAAUAUCGAGUUUUGUACAUUAACGCAAUUACCAUGCUAUACAAUGUAUUUCUUUGCUAUAUCAAGCACAAUGAUAUUGUUCUGUUUAAGUUUGCACAAACUAAAGACACAUAAAACCGAAACAAUUCAUUCGUUUAAUUCACAGUUGUUUAGGUAUGUAUGUUGUAUAUAUUGCAAUUGACACAAGUAAAUACACGACUAUUUGUUACGUUUUCUUUUGAAAA